CGUUUUUUGCACAAAAUACAUCUCAAUCUCACUUUACAGUAAAAAAAAAAAAAAAACUAGAUUUCCCCAAAUCCAAAAUCCAUUCAAGACAAAAAAAGGUGGGAAAAACACACAGAAAAAAAAUAUGGCGAGCAAGAAUGAAGUUGUGCCCGUUGAGCUUCCUGCUCCAGCUGGCUGGAAGAAGACGUUUCUGCCUAAGAAAGCAGGAGGGACUCCGAAGAAAAAAGAGAUCGUAUUUACUGCGCCAACGGGGGAGGAGAUCACUACAAAGAGACAGUUGGAGCAGUACCUGAAGUCACACCCUGGCAGUCCGCCAAUCACGGAGUUUGACUGGGGAGCUGGUGAAACUCCAAGAAGAUCCUCAAGAAUCAGUGGAAAGGCAAAGGCAGCUUCACCUUCAGCAGAAAGUGAGACUCCAAAAAAGCGAAGCAGAAAAUCUUCAGCUUCUAAGAAGGAUGUGAAAGACAAAGAAGUCCAUGAAGAAACAGAGGCGGCAAAGGAUGAAAAGGAUGUUGACAUGCAAGAAGCUGAAAAACAUGAAAAGGAUACUCUGUCUGUGGAAGCUGAGAAGGAGGUCGAACAGAAACAGGAUGAGGGAAAAGAUGAAAACAAGGAUAUGGAGAAAGACGUAGAGAAGAAUGAUGAAGUCCAAACUACUGAGGAGGCUGCAGAGAAGCAAGAUGAAAUGCAUUCUUCUGAUGCUGUGAAGGAGAACCGAGCUGGAAAGGAGAGGGAAGACCGAACUGAAGAUGGCAAAUCGGAAGCUGCUCCAUCCAAAGUGGCUGACAUUGAGAAAGAUGUCAAAAUGGAGGAUAAUGCUGCGGAGAAGAAAGAUGAAAUGCAUUCUUCUAAUGUUGAUGCUGUGAAGGAGAACAAAGCUGAUAAGAAAAGUGAAGGCCAAACUGAAUAUCGCAAAGCAGAAGAAGCAGCCGGGGGUGACAAAGAUGUCAAGAUGGCAGAUAAUUUUCAACACCCUGAAGAUGUUGGAGAGGCAUCGGUGGUGAAAGAGGCCCCUCUCGAGAAAGAAGCUGAUGUUCCUGAAGCUACUAAGGAUGAGGAAGGGAAGGAUGUACAAGUUCAAGAAAGUGUGGAACAGAAACCUACUGAAACAAAGAAAGAGGAUCCUGGCGCUGCUGUUGAGAAAGAUGUCAAAAUGGCGGAUAAUGCUGCGGAGAACAAAGAUGAAAUGCAUUCUUCUAAUGUUGAUGCUGUGAAGGAGAACCAAGCUGACAAGAAAAGUGAAGGCCAAACUGAAGAUGGCAAAGCAGAAGAUGCUCCCGCCGAAGCAGCUGAGGGUGACAAAGAUGUCAAAAUGGCAGAUAAUUUUCAACAUCCUGAAGAUGUUGAAGAGGCAUCGGUGGUGAAAGAGGCCCCUCUCGAGAAAAAAGCUGAUGUUCCUGAAGCUACUAAGGAUGAGGAAGGGAAGGAUGUACAAGUUCAAGAAAGUGUAGAACAGAAACCUACUGAAACAAAGAAAGAGGAUCGUAGCGCUGCUGAGGAAAAGAAGCAUCAACCGGAACAAGAACAGAGAGAUGAAAAUGGUGCAGCAACAAAGAGCACUGGAGAUGGAGAUGCUUUGAUGAACAGCGACAUAAGCAAGAAGGUGGAGGCAGAAGUAACUGAAAACGGAAACGAGGCUGAUGAGGCCUACCCUUGAGUAUCGACAUGGAGCAAUUCUAUGCCAUCCACUUAAUAGGCUCUCUCGUUCUCUCUCUGACCUUUUGCUCUUGUUUCUUUUCUUUAGUGACUGUAGUGUUGUUGUCAAUGGUAGAUACUCUGAUUGUUCAUGAGAUAUCUGUACGUAAAAUCUUAGAUUUUAGGUCCUAAAAAUUUGCAGCCUUGUCCUCUAGAAGGAAUUAUAGCCUAAACAGAUCUUUGUAUCAUUACUACCUUACAUCAUAUAUUAGACCUUCGGUGUGGAGGGAAUUUGUAGGUUGCUUAGAUCCCUGUAGCAUGGUGUGACAGACUCAGUAAUGUACGCUUGUAAUAAGUCCAUGUUCAGUUACUGUUGACUCUUAACAAUUCAUGUCGCUUGGUUUCUUCUUUAA